AAUGCAUACCCAAGAGUAGGAGCAGGAGGUGGAGCAGGAGGAGGGAGAGGACAAAAGUCUUGAACUCGCUCAAGUAGGUAGUAUCCCGUCAGCUUCUCAGCCUAAGUAAUACUAAGUAAUGGCAACGGCGAGCGUGAAAUGUCGUACGGAGGUUAGAACGGCGCUUAAUACUGUCCGCUCGGCUCUUUUAUCCCUUCAGAUUCUCGUUUCUAUUUCUUCAAUUUGUUUGGGACACUCUCCAUUAGAAUGUGUGUCCCUUCACUGUGUUCCUUCACCCGCUCCGCCCAUUCUAAUUGCCGAAUAAAACUCGUACUGCCAAGUGGUCACGUAUACGGUCGCUUUGAGGAAUUGUACAAAUAGGCUGUGCUUCGAGAAGUGCGUGAAUGUGUAGUUGAUCCACUUGAAUGCUGGAUCCACGAAAAGUAUUCGUUUGAUUGGUUCCGAAACAAGCCUGCCCAGCAUUCGAAUCGAACCAAAAUGUGUUCCCCUACAAGCGCUCCACUGACGAGCUCGAGUGUACGGAAGAAGAGGGUCCAUCCAAUUGGUGUGUGUUCAAAGGGCACAGUACAGUUAGUAUUGUUGUGCAACUGUGUCAAACUCCAAGGAGGAGUGGUUUGAUCAUCAAACUACUCAAUGUCCGACGAGUGUCAGCGUAUAUUUUCCGCCCUACAUUCACUGUCCCAGAAGCUAGACAUUUCAAAUGAUAUCCUAGUGUUUGAGAGCAACAAAAAAACAAAAAUCUAGCAAGCGUUUUUGUGCAAGAAUCCACACAAAAAGUAGUCCGUGCCUCUGGAGAGGUUCUCGGACAAUGACAGCAGAAUUCUUACAGGAAAGCCUGGAUUGCCGCCUAUGCUCUCCAUGCCUUCGUGUUCAUAACGAGGCCUGUGACUGGCUGACGAUAUUUUAUUUCAAUGUCAAGAAAUAAAAAAGAGGUUCCAAGACGUUUGUGAUUAUCACUUGUGCAAUUUUGAACUGCCACAUUUCGCAUCCGCAGUGGCUAAUAGCCUCCAGAAAAGCUUAUCUGCGUGCACGUUUGCAAUAGUGACCCACCUCAGUGAAUAAUGAUUCUGAGAUUAUUGUGCCAAGGGAGGCUGAAUGGAAUGCCACUUUUAAAAGGCAUUCUGUUGCUAUUUUCAAGUCACGACACUUGUCAAACAUUCUUCCUGGGCAUUUUGAUGAUGCUCUUCAACUACAUCGUCAUCAUCCUACAUCAUCGUUGUGUUGCUGCCAUUCAAUCGGUCUUUCACGCAUGACGAGCUUUUGGAACAACGGCGAACUGAAUGAAGUGCAUUUUCCGCUCGACUCUGGUGAUCCAGCUGACCAAAUAGGCGAGAUGAAAUCAGGCCUAGAAAUCUUUUGAGAAAUUACAUUACCCGACUCAACUGUCGCUCCACAUUAUUCAAAUGGCGAGAAGCCAUAACAUCAACAACAAUCAUAAUCAUAACAUUAAUCAUCAUCAGGAUCCAAAAAGCAAAUUCGAGGCUAAACUCAAUCCCAGAUCCCAAUUUGGUCUCGAUCGAUGGCAGUUUUUGUCUUUAGACAAUUGUACUACCUUGGAUGCUGCCUCAACAGAGGUGUGUGCCGGGUGGAACGUGUUCUUCAAGCAACUUGAAUGCUAUUGCUUUGUCCAAUUUGACGAAACGACAACUCACACGCAUACUCAAGUGAAAAUGCUUUGACGACAACAUCCAAAUGUGAGGCCAGUUGAGUGUAGCUAGACUGAUGGCCCCCUUAGCUGUGCGUGUGGAUGGAUCAGACUCCAUAUCUGGACACAACAAGUGAGGAGGGCCAUUGAAUUGUGCUGUGAGUGUAGUAGUAGAAGUUGUUGUUGUUGUUGUUGUUGGGCUGUAUGGAUCAAGUGCUCGUGACUUCUUCAGAUAGUAUUGCUCACGAGGCUCUGUGAUGGAUAAGUUUUCCAAAAAUCGGGCUGGUGGCUCCAAGGCCAAGGCCAGUUUUUCCUUCAAAAGUGGCGGCAGCUCAGCCCGGAAGGCUGGCAAUCGCAAGACCGGGGUCAUGGGCAAGGGCAAGUUCCACCAUCGCCGCGGCCAAGACGAUGAUCCCCACAGCGUCCUGGCUUUGGAUGCCGAUGGACCUUACCGGACCCAUCUCUUGUUCCCUGGCAAGAGAGACGAGGCCGAAGGGGAGGGUGGCCCACGAAAGCCCGGGAGCGCAUCUUUCAUGAAGCAGAUGCUUGGGUGGGGCAAGAAGUCAUCGUCCCGCAGCACCCCACCCUCCGAAAGCAGACCCCCUUCCCUUGAUCCCUCUGACCCCUACUCCCGUGGGAAGCAGGUCAGCUUCCUUGGGGAUUACGACGGGCGACUUCUCUUCGAGCGCCCUGAUCGAAGACCCAACAGCUACAACUGUGAUCCAAAUCCCACCAACCCCGAUCGGUAUUUUAGAGCUUUUAAUGAUCCCUUUCGGGAAUCAGACCGGGGGCCCGGGCCGUCCACACCAGGAGGCCCAGCUCCUGCGCCCAGGACACGCGGUGCCCAACCCUCCGAGCCCAUGUCCGGGGUGGGGAGAGGUGUGUCCGGGUUGGUGGCUGCGGUCGGUGGUCAAGUGGCGGCCGCAGCCACUGGCGGCAAAAUGACGCGGAAUACCGAUACUUACUAUUCAAAUGGAGGCGGGCCUCCAAAGGUCGAUCCCAGUGGGCGCAACCGUGGCGUCCGACCCAAGCGCAUGAGCGCGCGAGACGACAAGCGGGAACCCUUGCCGAGAGACCUGAAGGACGUGAGCAAAGACUGUUUCAUCAUUCCCCAAGAAAACUUGGAACGAUUUCUCCCCGAUGGAAUCACGCUUCCUCGAGAACCUCGGCGGAAUCAGAUCAUCAACAUUCUGGAAGUCAGCAACCCUCAGCUCACAAUCACAUUCCAUUUGAUGGGUCCUCUCAGUCCCACUACACCCCAAUACGACACGCCCUCAAACGAGAGUGCCGCUCCCUUGGAACUUCAAAGAGAAGUCGCCAUGCAAGCCUUGGCGGAAGCUUGUAAAUUGGGAGCCACGGAGGGAUUUCUUCUCAAAAAUCUCGAAAAAGAUUCUGAAUACCCGUAUAUCAACUACUAUGUGAUAAACAAGCCGCAAGCCGCUAGUGAGGAAUUCUUUCGCGCGACUCGAAGCCGUGCCUACGAUAUUCUGAACCCUGGUCGUGUAGGCUAUCGCUGCCAUCAUUCCAUUGAUCUCUUUGAAGAGGCAGUGAGCAUAGCACGGCCACCCGUGGAGCCCCUUUCCAAGAAGCCCGUGAGUGCAAACACAGGAUACAUUGUUUGCGUGUAUCAGGUGUUCAGCGGAGAUGAUGGAGAAAAAUUUGAACGGAAUUGGCUGUUUUGGACGGGUGCUCGCAUGUUGUACAAGAACCUGCCGAAGGCCGUGGGUUUGCGUCGGAUCACCCUCCACAAGUCGUGUAGCCAGAGUUCUCAAUCCAAAGUGACCUACCUCCUCCUGGUCGAGUGUUCCGAGUUCAUGGGCCACAUCGGGGAGGCGGCCAAUCUACUGCCCAUUCUUCGAGGUCGAAUUUGCGGCUACACAGGCAUCUACCGAGUGGCGUCCAGCUUCUGACCGGGGUCUCCUCUGUUGGGCGUGUCCAAAUCGCCGGUCGGUCCCAAGGAUCCGUCCUCCGCGCCUUUGGACACGCGAACAGAGGAGAGGGAAGAACAUGAUGAUAUCGACGAGGACGAGAACAAAAUCACCCACGACCGAAGCGCCCACCCUGGUCCCCAUCGCCUCCAUCAAGGAGGACAACGAUAUCCCCUCGCAGGACAAUCUUCUCCGGGAGCGCUGGAAAUGGGUCAACAUUGGACGAGACACGCGGAGCCCAAUGAGCCGCCCAUUCAGACGCUGCCCUCGUCACCUUCCAGUGCCAUGAGUAGCUUUUUCACCUCACUUUUCAAGGUCUCCAACUCGGAUGAUUGACAUUGCCAGACAAUUCAUCAGAGUGCUUGCUAGCUAGCUUGCUAGCUUGCUUGCUUUCUUGCUUGCUUGUAGUAUGCUCUCUGACAGCCUUGUUCACCCUCCAUAUUGAGAUUUUCAGUUAUAUUUGCACCACCACUUCUCCCGCUCCUCUUAGGAUCCCUUUUUGAACUCGUCUUCUUUUGACUGCACCUCAUUGAAGCCUUCGGCCAGCCCCUCCCACUCCAGCUAUUGUGCACUAGUGCCUCUGACAACCAAGAAGCGCUCCGGCACUCCCGACAAUGCGGUCGGUCUCUGACCAUGUUUCCCUUUAAAAGGUGUCCUCUCUCGGAGCUCAGCUCAUUGAUGGGGGAAGUGCAAAAAAGCCCAAUGACGCUCUCAAAUAAUAUAGGGGAGCCUCUUCCGCCAUGACCAUUAUUUCCCCCUUCCUGUCGCUUAAACCCCCCCCCAACUCCUCCGUUUGCUCCACUGUCAUUCAUUCAGAGAUAUUAUUUUGCCAAACCCAUCCAUAACGACCCUCCCUUCUCCCACCUUGAGUUGAAGGAAAAGAAAGAUCCCUACCCCGCCCACCGCAUCUUUUUUUUUGUUGUUGAAGCGUUCUCAAUCUCACCCUCGAUUCUGCCCAAAAAUAUUACAAUUAUCUCCUACCGCACAAAUUAUUCUCACCAAUCGAGAUAGUUCAGGUUCAAAAUCUCGCACGUUUUGUUAUGUUUGCAAACUACUUCCUUCUUUAGCCCAUGCCACGCCUGUCCCAGUCCCCACGCCCCUUCCUCCCCCACACAUAUUUUAGGGCUUGUUUCGAAAGCCUUGUUCACUGCUCCCAUGAAGUAGUCUCUUUUUUGUCAUUCCCCAAUGAUAUUUGCAUCAUGAUGAUCAUAUCAAAAAAGAUUCUAUUCAAACGAAAUUCUAAUUAAGAAGACGAUGAUGAAAAUGCUGUCAUAUCCUUUUUUUACCCAUCCACGACAACAAGAAAAGCCAUUUGCUGUGAUCAAUGUUAAACGAAAAAACACAAAGCUUAACGGGAAUAAACACCAAAAUCCUUAAAGAAAGAAAAACAGCCUACCGAGCUGAAACUCGA